GAUUUUUGGUACUGAUAGCAUAAGAAAACUCUAUUUUCACUCACUAAUAGAAAAUGGCCAAGUUAAAAAAGAGAUCGAAGCUUUCACAGCAGAGACACAGAGCAAACCAGCUCAACAAUCCAAACGGAGCAAAUGGCAAGAAAACUGACUCCAACAAAUCUACCAAGGUGAACUCUAUGUUGGACAAGAUUAAGGCCUCUUCGACAUGUUCUGUUAACGAGAAAUUGAUAACCAUUAACAGCAUCUUGGUUCAGUGCAACAAUGACGAGGCGACUCGGAAACUGUUUCUCAAAAACGAUCUUGUUAAAAUAGUCAUGAACGAUUUACUCAAGCAAGAAGCCCAGUUCGACGAGAUAAUUGUUAGUUCAUUAGACUUGCUGAAACAUUUGAUUGUCGAAGAAAACUACGAUCUUUCAAUAUAUCUCUGGAGAAACGGAAUCUGGGACAUAAUUCACUCCAACAUUACCAAGGCUUUCGAUUCGUUGACUCAUUUAAACGACUCCAAUGUCGAUAUUUUGAGCAAAGAUCUUUUACUCAGCUACAUCAAUAAUUUGAUAGGUAUUCUUGACAAUUUAGUCAUGGAGUUAAACCUGGAAACCAUCAAUGGCUCUCUCAUUCCGCAAUUGGUUGACUCGAAUGUCUUGAACGUGAUAUUCUCUCUUCUCAAAUUUGAAACAGCUACUAAGUUUAACAUUUCCUUAAGUCUAAGCGUAUUACAGUUUGUCUACGACUUAUCUAGCAUCAGUGAAAACUUUCUCAAAGAUGUUUUACUAAACAAUACAGAAUUUAAAGCUGCUUUUGAAAAAUUACUCUUUAACAGCGGGGCGUUAUUUGAGAAAUCUCCCUUGGGGAAAGUUUAUGUUAUAGGAAUUAAGUUGCAGAUUCAAGAGAUUCAAGAUGAUCUCACAAACAAUUUGGACUCGACACUGAAGGAGGUAUUCAACGUUUUGAAUGAAAUUGAUUUGAACUCCGAGAAAGAUGAAGAGUUUCAAAUAGUCGAUAUCUCAUUAGACUUACUUACCACUAUAAUCGAAAUAAAAGGCUCUUUGUUCUUGGAAGAUAGUUCUAAGAAAGACAAAGUUUUCAUUUCUCAGUGCACAGAUAACAUUUUGCCAUUUUUAGGAAAACUUUUUGAGGUUGACUUUAAAAAUAACAAAAGGCUUAUUUGUUUGAACAAUUUGAUAAUCUAUUUGAACUCUAACAACUGUGUCAAUGAAAAGCUAUUAUCUGAUUUAGAGAGCUUGAAUAGUAACAAAAUCAGUAACGACUUCAUAACUCUAUUGCAAUCGUCGAGUGAAUCCGAUCUUGAUCUCGAGCUUUUAGUUGAUUACCUGAAUUUCAAGUUGAACUUACUAGAACUAGAUCCUUCUAAGUUCGCAUCAGAAGAGACUCAGGUAAACACAUUGAUCCAAUUAGGAGUGAAAGUCAGCAGUAUUGAUACUGCUGUCGAUUUAGAAUCAAAACUUCAAUUCAUAACAUCGCUACUGAUGUAUCUUUCCCUGCUAGCUAAAUAUGUUGGAAAUAUCGAAACAACCAAAGCUAUUGUGGAUUUCAUCGUUAAAUACAACAUAUCCAUUCCAUUGAGUUUUUAUAACACCCAGUUAGAGAGCGGACUGAAUAUUUCUAAAUUCCACAACAAAUAUCAUUAUUUGGUAGAAGAAACCGUGACCCUAGCCAUCAACUCCGUUUUCGAAAUGUUCGACGACGAUUAUCCCUACAAUAGACCCAUUUACCAUGGAGGAAACUUAAAUGAGGUUUUGAUUAGUGUGAUGGGGGAUUACAAAAAGCUUUACAAAAAUAUCGAUAAGAAUUUGAACCUCAGAUUGAAAAAGCAAGCUGAAGAAACGCUUAAUAAUUUACAACGAUUCAUUGAAUAUAAGAAGACAGAAUGAUUGGCUCAUGCUUUUUAAAUGCUUUCUCUUUUCUUCUUUUUCAUCAUAUAUGUUUCUAUACAUCCUUGUGCAUUUCAACAAAAUAAUGUCAGUUUUUAUUACUGUAUUGUAGUUUUUGAGAUUUGACCUUCUUUUCGUACUCUUCGGGGCUCUUCUGGAACGCUCUCCAUGCAGGUUCUUGUGCAGGUGAGUUUGGGUUUGGAGUAUCUAACAACUCCUGGAUACCCAUCAGUAGCUGUUUAAUACUGAUGGCAGGCCUCCAAUCUUGCUCUUCAUUCAAUAUACUCAAGCAUAUCGUCCCACUAGGAUAAACGUUUGGGUGAUAAAAGUUGUUUGGAAAACGGACCUUUGGGGGCUUUGCCGGAUAAUCUUCAGGGAAAGAUAUGGUUAAUGGAUAAGUUGCGUUUUCCCAAAUCGUGCCUUGUUUGCCGGGCACACCGGCAGUCCAGUUGUGAAGAUCAAGUG